AUGCAUGAAUUGUUUCUUAUAAACAAUCCCGAAUUAUCUGUAAAGUAUAGCUAUUACCGCAAGACAUUCAAGGAACGUUUCAGCUUGUCUUUCGGUAGACCACAGGUCGACACCUGCUGCACCUGUGAGGAGCUUUCCAACAAAAUUAAAUCUAAGGCCUUGAACGAUGUUGCCAAAAGUGUAGCUGUAGCGGAAAAAAUAGUUUACCAAAGAAGAGCCAAAAAAUUCUACAGCAAGAUGAAGUCGAUUGUAGAGUUAUGCCAAACAGAUCCCAGUGUAGGAGCAAUUUGCGUGGACUACAUGCAAAAUCUUGCACUUUCUGUUAUUCCGGUCCAAGACACAUUUUACCUUCAUCAACUAACGAAUAUUAUGGAAGAGGUGUUAGAAAAGAAGAUAAAAUUUCAUUUUCGAUUUCAAAUUUCAUGCACUUUAGCUGAAAAGGGCCUUGUGACUGCUCGUGACUUCAUUGAUGGCCUAAUAAAGCACGAAUUUAGCUUGGGAGCAUCUACUGCUGUUAGAACUUUUCCCGACGUGGUCGCAUACCCUAACUCAAAAGUCCCAAUUAGUGCAAAAAAGAUGGUAAGCAUCAGAAAGUUCGAAAAAUUAAUCGUAGAAAAAGGUGAAGAAAUCGAAAACUAUAGGGAGAUAUUUGGAUGGCCAACUGUUGGUGGCACCGAUGACGAUGUGGAUGAAAAUUGA